GUGUGUAUAUGUGUGUGUGUGUGUGUGUGGUUGGGACCUUUAGUCAUUAUUGAUUUUUAGAAUUUCGCUACGUUUCAUCAGAUUGGUUGACAAUAUAUAUCGAUUUUCGAUUUUUAUUUACAUCAUCAUCAUCAUCAUUGUCAAGAUUUUCAUUUCAUUUUAAAUCAUAGAUUCAGAUCAUAAUGGAUCAUUCUACAACAUCCGGAGGAGAUGAAAAAGCACCUUCAUCACCAUCUGAUGCAAUUAUAUCGGAUCUUAUUACAGUAACAAUCAAAACAAUUGAUUCAAAAAAUUAUCAAUUUCAAGUUGAAAAUGAUAUUAAAAUUCGGGCAUUCAAGGAAAAAAUUUCAUCCACUCUCAAUAUUGAACCAGAAAGCCAGAGAAUGAUUUUUUGUGGCCGUGUAUUAGCCGAUGAUAAAACUUUCAAAGAUUAUAAGAUUGACAACGGUAAAGUGAUUCAUCUGGUCAAACGUGCUCCACCACCCAAAAACGAUACAGCCAAUAAUAGUUCAAAUGGCCAAAAUAAUAAUCAGCAACAAAACGAACGAAAUCGUUCUAGAUUUCAAAGUUUUCGUUCCGAUGAUGGUUCAUCGGUUUUCAUGGGCUCCUUUCCAACGGAACCAUCCAAUAUUAUCAAUCAAGUCAUGCGACAAUUGUUCUCCCAACGUCCAGGCUCAGAUAGUUCUAAUGAAUCGAACGCAUCUGAUUCAGCGGUCGGAGCAACAUCUUCGCCAAGUGGAGCAGGUGGAAGAAAUGCCGCAUCGUCAAAUAUCCGAGCUCGAUUCAAUCAUAUUCGUCAGCUGCUUGGUUAUGUUGAAACCAAUUUUCAGAUCUUGCAAGAUCCCUCACAUCUCCCAAGAGGGAAUCAGAUGAAUGCGUUUGGCGAUAAUCAAUCAAUCACAUUGGCGGAUUAUGCACGCUGCUUUUCUGAUGUUAUUUCUUAUAUGGAUCGUCUGAAACCUUACCUCGAAACAUGGAUUCGAUCAUUAACUCCAGAAGAACAGAACGAUUCAAGCACCAAUAAUAUUGAUAGACAAUCUCAGAAUAAUUUUUCUAUCAUUAUGCGAAUCGUUCACCAUUUAUCACACGUAUUUCAUUCGUUGACUGAUUUAUCUAUCAAUCCGAACGAUGCUAAUUCGCCAAUCACCUUGAAUGUUUUAGGAUCACCACAUCAACAACAACAAGCUUCUAACGUCGAUACACAUUUUACCAUAACUGCCAGCGCUUCAAACGUUAAUGACGAUCCUAAUGCAUCUGCUACCGCUACCACUAAUACGAAUCAGAAUCAAAAUAAUUCUACUACAGAAACAGAUUCGGAAAACGUUCAGCAAAGAAACUCAAAUUCUUCAAGUCCAUCUAAUGAAUUUGUUUCUCCUCCUGUACCAAGUGGUGAUAAUCGUCUGCCGACUAAUGCAGCUCCAAGUAACAAUAAUUCAAUGUUCAGAUCAUUAGGAUCGAUUCCCGGAAGUGUUUUUGUAGCACAAUCACCCAUAUUGCUAAUGGAAGUCGAUGCAACAAUUGAUGGACAUAGUACAAACCUCGGAACUCGUGCGAUUCGUAAUUUUUCGAUUUCAGAUUUAAAUGUCAGUUUCAAUGAUUUAAUUAAUAAUGCAAGUAAUGUUGCGUUCAAUGCAAUGAACCAAAACCCAAAUACCAAUCCAAUCGAGCCACAAUCACAGCAAGAUAGUGCCAAUGGCAUCAACACAACAGCACAGUUUUCAAAUCCUCCUGUGGAUUCAGAUGAAGCUCCUACAGGUGAAUCGAAUCCAAACUCUUCGGCUGCCGCUACUACCGGCACAAUAAAUAAUAACGGUAGUUCGAAUCAAAACAAUUCAAAUAAUCCAAUGGUCAAUCCAUUGCAAUUGUUUUCGGCUCGUUUUGAUCCAUUCUUAAAUUGUAAUUCCACCUAUACGAUGCCCGAGAUUCGUUCAGCCACAAAUUUUGGUACAAUGCCUUUUUCACAACCACUGAUGCAAAUGUUUGGUCAAAAUAAUAUCAUGGGUGACAUCCCUAAUAACUUUAGAUCUUCCGCUCUUAAUGGUGAAGAUAAUGACCUGGGAAUUUUGAAUUCAAUGAGAGAAAGUUUGCUUAAUCUCACUCAAUUGGAUCAAGGUGAUUCUCCAACCUCGGACGAAAGUCGGGAAUUUUUUGAUUUUAUCGACUACUUGCUUCGAAGAAUCAAUCAAUUGCCUUCACAGGCUGGUUUACAAUUCCAAUCGGGUGAUCAUCAGCAAUCGCCUCGAAUCCAAGACUAUAUACGUAAUUUAAAUCUCUUGAAUUCGAAUGACGAAUCAAUGUUGUCGAAUAUGUUGUCAUAUUUGUUUCAAAGCCUGAAUUUCCAGGAUCUGUAUCAGAUGAUAAACUCAAAUUUCCGAGAUUUUGCCCGUCUUAGACAACAUUUACAGCGUGCGAUUCGAGUUUUCCUAAUGAAUAAUCAUGAUGGAACUGAUGUUCGUACAGACAUUGAAACGAUGAUUGCCAAUCACCCUACACUAUUGACCGACAUUGUCGCCAAAAUGAGACCUGCAACCGGUGUUGAUCACGUUGAAUCAUUCAGGAAUUUUGUUCAAGAGACUUUGAUUAAAUUUUUUAAUAAAAUUAUGCAAUCGAAUAAUGAUGAAACCUUCGGGGAUGAUCUGACUGAUGCUGUUAAAUACCUUAUGAAUGCUUAUAUUCAUUUCUGUGACGCUUGUUUUGCUGACCCUUCAAAUGCCCGAUCUACGCUGAUUAUGCGUUUCAUGACCGAAUAUGCCGAUAUUGCUGACCAACGAUUCAGAGAUUUUCUUACUCAGAUCAUCACUCAGCGAAUCAAUAAUUGGAUAACCACUGAUUUUGUUAAGGAUAAUCAAUUGGAUGCUGAAAUUCAGUCAUACAUUGUAAGACGAUCAUGCAGACAACAAGAACAACAACCCCAGCCAAACAGCGAUGGCCCUUCAAAUUCGAUGGAUUCUUUGGAAGAUAUGGAAUUCUCCGAUGCCUACAGUGAUAUGCCACCUUCGACUAGUACUCAUUCAAUGCAUGCAACAUCAUCUGAACCUCAACGACUGCAUCCGCCCACAACGAAUCGAAUCACAAACAAUGAACAAGAAUCUGCUGAUUGGCAAUCAGUCGUCCCGAACGAAUGGGUACCAAUCAUUAAAGAGGAUAUUCAAAAACAGAAAAACAUUGAAAAUGAUCAUCAACCUCCAUUCAGUGAUGCAUACUUAAGUGGAAUGUCGAAAAAACGUCGCCUGGAACAUGAUCAACAACAACAGCAAUCAAAUAAGCAAAUGAAAUAAACGAUGGACUACAUAUCGGCAUUUGCAUUACAAAUUCAUUCAUUGAUUCAUAUAGCCAAAUGGAUUGUCUUGUUUGUUUUUUCUUUUAAUAAAAACCAAAAUAAAAAUAUUACUCACACAAUUGGAAAUGGACGCCCAAAAUAAUAUACACAUGCACACACCUAUACACACACACACUUUGACCAGCACAAAGAUGAUCGUCAUAUUCAUUUUUUGUAGACGUGAUUUCAAAAAUAAAAUAAAUUUAAAUAAAA